AUGAUUUUUCACGUCAACAAAACGACUACAUAUGAAGACCCGAGAAAAGACUUGGAAGAAGAGCCGCCACCUCUUCCGCGACAGAUAGAACUCAUAAGAGAUGAAAAGCUGAACUUCGGUUUCGUCGCCGGCAGUGAAAAGCCAGUGAUUGUGCGCUUCGUUAAAGAAGGAGGGCCGAGUGAGCACUUACUCCAAGCCGGGGACCAAAUACUCAAGAUUAACGGCGAAGACGUAAUAAGAGCUCCUCGAGAACAUGUCAUUGAACUCGUAAAGUCAUGUAAACACAGCGUAACUCUGACAGUAUGUCAGCCCUACUCUAAUAAUUCCACCCGUAAGUCAGCUCUGCUGACGGCCGCCAAAAAAGCCAAAUUAAAGUCGAAUCCAUCGCGGGUUAGAUUCGCUGAAGGAGUUGUGAUCAACGCUUCGCCACUUUUUUGUCCGAUGUCUGCAUUCGAGUCAUGCGUUCCAUUCAUGCCUAAUGUGUUGAAAGUAUUCCUCGAAAACGGACAGACGAAGACAUUCAAGUACGACAGCUCUACCACUGUUCAGGAUGUCUUAAACUCAUUGUUGGAGAAGCUGUCGAUCAAAUGUGGCGAACAUUUCAGUCUUGUCUGCGAACAUAUCAAAGCUAUGCGAAGAAAUCGGUUAACACUUCUCGACCCGAAAGAGACGCUCACAAAGAUCGCCGCCCGUCCGGGCGCUCAUAACCUGCGGUGUCUGUUUCGAGUGAUGUUUGUCCCGAGCGAAGCAAUGGUACUCUUGGAGAGGGACUCAAUUACGUUUGAAUACCUGUACAGCCAGUGUUGCAAUGAUGUGGUUCAGGAGCGCUUCUCACCGGAGCUCAAAUACGAGAUCGCGUUAAGACUGUCUGCUCUACACUUACUCCAGCACUCGAUUGACAGCAAUUGUAUGCAAAACAAUGGAAAAGUGAAUCUCAAACUCAUUGAAAGGGAAUGCGGUUUAGAAUCGUUCGUUCCGUUCACUCUUCUCGAGUCUAUGAAACGCAAAGAAUUACAUAAAUUACUCAAUCAUUUCCUGAAACUCAACCAACAGUUGUGUCCGACGGGUCAGAAACACUUGAAUUCAAUUCAAGCCAAACUCCAUUACCUGAAGAUAAUGAGUGAAUUGCCCUCUUAUGGCGCGAAGAUCUUCUCACUCAACAUCAGAGAUAUGACCACAGAAUCGGGUCUUUUAGUGAGCCCUAGGUUUGGCAUAAGUCAUGUGAAUAGUUUUAUGAGGAACUCAAUGCCCACUACUGUCGCUAAGAUUGAAGACAUUAAUUACAUAAAAGUGUCCAAAAGUGAUGACCUCUUCUAUAGUCUUGAAGUGCAACUCAAGCCAUACACCAGCGAUGGUAUGAGUACUUCACUUCAGUCUCCACUGCGCUUUGAUCUCGAGGACAGGGAUGCGGAAGAGUUUGUGCUUAUGAUCAGAGGAUAUCACCGGUUAUUCAAUAAAUACGAUAACAAUUGCAACGAUAAAGAAUUGCCAGUUUUGUGGGACAUACCCGAGGAGUGGUGGAAUGAUUCCGCUCCGAGUUAUUGUGGUUUCCAUACCGUACGCGAAGCCCAAUGGAGUUACGUUACCAACGACUCAGUCAGAGAAAUAGACUUAUCUAUACCUCCGCCCCGUUAUAUGCCUUCCGAUUCCCAACACUCCGAUCACAAUCACCACAAUAUUCAGUCAUCUUUAGACUCAAGUUAUGCAUCAGUCGAUCACAAUAUGAACCAAAGCGUUAACUCCAAUGGCAUUGAUUUGCCAUCACUUGUGUCGAUGGAAAUACUCGAAUCUCAGGCCACAGACGUCGGCCUCAAAAGCGAUGAUAUCAUGCAAAGGGUGUCCGAAAUGAACCAAAUAGUGGCCGACGCUCAGCACUAUUUGGCCGAUGAAGUACUCAAUGAGACCAAAGAGACGGACAAUAAGACGACGACAGAGACCGCGGCAGAGAAGAAGACUGUGGAGACCAAUUGGGACCAAACACAACGACUCCAACCCACAGAUUCUCUGCUGCUGUUAACGCAAGUGAAUGGAGACACGAAUGGAAGCGCUAAUGACAAACAAAACGCGAGGGAUGUCAUUAACGGCGAGCUGUCAGCCAAUGAGAGCGACACCGAUAGUCUUAUGAGUCCUAAUGAGAGUCCUUUGCAUCGCAUAAGCAUUGAGAACAGUAUGAAUGCAUUGCAGUUAACGAAUGGCGGCGUCUCUGUCAACGGCGGGGCGUCCGGCGGUCCGCGGCCUCAGACCACAAGUUUUGGUUUACACAGUCCUGACGUCUACCCAAACCUGAGUCGCGCCGAACAGAAUCUCAUCGAAAGUAUACAACAAUUGAAGUCUGAGACCGAUCUGAAGCUCAAUUUCCCGAAAGAUAUUUGCCUCGACUCUGAAUUGAUUGAUUUGACGGCUUUCCCGCCGCCCGACACACCCGACGAACUCGAGUUUAUCGACUCUUCAAUGGGUUUUCCCGCCGCUGAAGACCCACCCACGCCUUAUAAGGAGGACAUAGACUUUACUCACUUUACGACCGAUGACUCGGCGCGAGUUGUGGCCGAAUUGGACGACUUGUGCGAUACUCUGUCCGAAAUGCAAUCGACGGCAAGCGAUCGCAAUUCUAAUACGAGUCAACCCUUGCAUUAUAGUCCUCAAGAUAUCGACGAUUUCAUUGAGUCAAUGACUGUAAAGCCUCCGCCGCCGGACACACACCAGAUGGCUAACGACGAGCAGUACUUGUCCUCAUUUAUAAUCCCUCCGCCGCCGAGCGCUUCUCCAUCGAUGACCAGAGCGCAGGACGACGUGAUUGCAAAGUUCUGGAGAGUGACCGACGAUAUCAGGAAAAUGUGCACAAAUGAUGACAUUAGUCCUCGCCUUUUCAAGCGUGAGGUUCACAGCAGUAGUUCGGGUGAAUCGGGAUAUGACUCGGCGUUCCCUUCGGCCUCCUUUUCCGUGUCGACCAACGAGUGGCCAGUAUUUGUAGAGAACGGCUCUCCAAAGCUCUCUCUCCCGACUGUGAUUGAAGUGAACGUCUCGUCAGAAAGCGAUAACUGUUUGAAUACAAAACAACACUUCAGCACAAAAUCAGAUAACAUCUCAAACGAAAGCAAUAGUUGCGAAGAUCUGCGGAUAACCAGAGAAUUUGGUCAACAAAUGAAUGGUUCAAAUCACUCGUCACCCAAAGGGUCGCCUCAUUUCUCGCGCUCCCACUCCUGGAGUACACUACCCGUCAACACUUCGUCAACGCCUCCGUCGACCACCAAAUGCACAAAACCUCCGAUACCUCCCUGUUCUCCAUCCAUACAAGAGAAGAGAAGACAAAUGGCCAUUAAGUCCAACACCAGUCCCAAACACCACCGAAGCUCUAAACACAGUCAUCAUCACAACCACAACCACAACGGCUACCAUUCAAUAGUCGAGAAUAUAAUGCCGGACCCAAUGAUGAACGGAAUGAACGGCUGUUCGGCCGCCGAAGCGGUGCGACAACAGACGGAUGAGAUCUUUUGUCAAUCGCAGCGCGACAUCGAUGUACUUCUGGCGCGUCUCGAAGAGGUUCACGAGAAGAAACUCACUUCUAGUCAAGUGUUUGAAUGCACCGAAAAUGACUUUAUGGCCGCCAAAGAGGCACUGGUGACCGAAUCCAGACAUUUCGUGACCGCUUCCAAGCUGUUCGUCAAGUGCGCCACCGAAGCAUCGCCUCAGCUCUUGGAAUAUCUGUUGGAUUGCGUGACACUUCUGGAGCGCAUGUAUAGCGUGGGAGAGAUUGUCUUAUUGAAUAUGGAAUCUCAGGCACAGAUCACAUGUCUUGUGGACCGACUCAAAGAAGUUGCCGCCACUUACGCCUACACUGUGGACACUGUUCACAAACUACAUGAUAACGUGUGUUCGCCGUCGACCAGUCCUUAUAUGGGACUCCUUAUGAAUCACGCGACCAGUUUAGCCACUUCUUUGAGUGCACUCAUGAGGACACUCAGGGCUAUGAAUAUCUAACACGUUAUGAAACAAAUAAAGUUAUAAAAUGAUUAAUUAAUAUAAAUAUUGUGUAGUAAUGGUUGUGUCCAACAGUUACUAACCGUUUAGCGACCAAUAAUUGAUUUAAAAAUGUUAUUUUGUGCCACAAAUACAGAUA